AUUUCCGAGGAGCUGCUGAAAGAGCGAGACAAACAGGCGAAAUGGAAUGGCAUCCCUCUGCUUUUACAUAAAUUAUAUGAGGGCAGUCACCCCAACAGUGACUUUUCCCAGUGCCAGGGCAUCCUGAAGGAAAUUUCUCCUCUGCUUUCUAUGGAAGCGAUGGCGAUUGUGACAGAUGACAAGAAAUCUAACCCUGAAGAAUUUCCAUACCCCAACACCUACACUUUUGACUUGUUUGGAGGUGUUGAUCUUCUGGUAGAGAUCCUCAUGAGACCGAGCCUCUUCCCCCAAAGGAAGAAACAUAAAAUCAGUGAUGAAUUAAUCAAGGACUGCCUGAGCAUCCUGUACAACACCUGUAUAUGCACGGAAGGUGUCACCAAACGCUUGGCAGAACGCAAUGACUUUGUGCUUUUCUUGUUUACCUUAAUGACAAACAAAAAGACGUUCCUGCAAACGGCAACCCUCAUUGAAGACAUCCUCGGGGUUAAAAAGGAGAUGAUCCAGCUUGAGGACAUUCCCAACCUUGCAAGUCUCGUGUCCAGUUUUGAUCAGCAGCAGUUGGCAAACUUCUGCAGGAUCCUGUCUGUCACCAUAUCAGAGCUGGACACCGGAAAUGACGAUAAAUACACUCUGCUUGCUAAAGACGCACAACAGAAGAAGUCUCAGAGCCCUUCGAGAGCGGAAAUAAAUCAAGCCACACUUCUGAAUAUCCCAGGCUUCAUUGAAAGACUAUGCAAGCUUGCCACCCGUAAAGUGUCAGAAUCUACAGGCACGGCCACUUUCCUCCAGGAGUUAGAGGAGUGGUACACGUGGUUGGAUAACGCCUUGGUGUUGGACGCCCUGAUGCGUGUGGCCCACGAGGAGACCGAACAGAGUGGAACAGAUUCUGUUCACUUUUUAGAGUCGUCUGAUGAAAGUGGCCUGGCAAAUCCCACCUCAAGAACUCAGCUCCCACAUUCCAUGAAGAUCAUGCAUGAGAUCAUGUACAAAGUAGAGGUUCUCUAUGUGCUCUGUGUCUUGUUGAUGGGAAGGCAAAGGAAUCAGGUUCAUAAAAUGAUUGCCGAGUUUAAACUGAUCCCAGGAUUAAAUAAUCUGUUUGACAAGCUGAUAUGGCGGAAGCACUCUGCGUCCACUUUGGUACUCCAUGGGCACAACCAGAACUGCGACUGCAGUCCGGAUAUUUCACUGAAGAUACAGUUUCUAAGAUUGCUCCAGAGCUUUAGCGACCAUCAUGAGAAUAAAUAUUUACUUCUCAACAGCCAAGAAUUAAAUGAACUGAGUGCAAUCUCUUUAAAAGCCAGUAUCCCAGAAGUAGAGGCUGUAUUGAACACAGACAGGAGCUUGGUGUGUGAUGGGAAAAAGGGCCUAUUAACCAGAUUACUGCAAGUCAUGAAAAAGGAGCCAGCAGAGUCUUCCUUCAGGUUCUGGCAAGCACGAGCUGUAGAAAGCUUUCUUCGUGGCGUGACGUCGUACGCAGACCAGAUGUUUCUGCUGAAGAGAGGAUUAUUAGAGCACAUCCUCUACUGUAUUGUGGAUAGUGAGUGCAAAUCGAGGGACGUCCUUCAAAGCUACUUUGACCUACUGGGAGAGCUAAUGAAGUUUAACAUUGAUGCCUUUAAGAAAUUCAACAAAUACAUCACUACAGAGGAGAGGUUCCAGGUUUUCUUGAAUCAGAUAAACAGCUCUUUGGUGGACUCAAACAUGUUGGUGAGAUGCAUUGCACUGUCUCUGGAUCGGUUUGAGAGCCAGUCAGAUGAAAUCAAAGUUGCAGAGGUUUUGUCCGAGUGUCGGUUGCUGUCCUAUAUGACUCAGGGGUCUGUGCAAAUGUCUUUUCUCUUCCGACUUAUCAAUAUCAUUCACGUGCAGACAUUGACACAGGAGAAUGUCAGCUGCUUGAACACAAGUCUGGUUAUCCUAAUGCUGGCGCGGAGGAAAGGUCGGCUACCCUACUACCUGCAGACCAUCCGGGACAUGGAGUGCUUGGAGAAAUACCCGGGCUUCAUCCUCAACAACUUCCACAGCCUCCUGCGCUUCUGGCAGCAGCAUUACCUCAACAAGGACAAAGACAGCACUUGUUUAGAGAAUAGUUCAUGCAUCAACUUCAGCUACUGGAAAGAGACUGUAUCUGUACUAUUAAAUCCAGACAGGACAUCACCGUGUGCCAUAGUAAGUUACAUAGAUGAAGCCUAUAUGGACGUGGACAAAGACUUCUCCGAGGACUAA